CCGGAUCAGUAGAGUCACGUUUCUACGUCGCGUGUCGCGUACACUGCAUAUCCUAUGAAGAACGGUCGUGAACAACAACAAUGGAAAUGGAUAAAGCGACGGAUUUGAUCCAACCGGAAGAACGUUUGAAGCUGACCCGGAUACCCAGUUCGUCAUUUUCGAUUGAGAACCUUAUUGCGACGACGGAGAAUAAGCAGAAAAAUCAUUCUCCGUCGCUAAUGGAACGAACCCGGAUGACCAGUUCGGGUGAGGCCGGCCAGUACCUUGUGGGUGGUUACAAUGCCGCCAUGUUAUCGUUUAGCAAUUUCCCGCUGUACAACCCUUGGGUGGGAUACCUGUCGCAAACGGCCAACGAAAAACUUUCGCAAUUAUUUUCGGGCGUUACAAGUGGUGACAAACGUGUUCAUAAAUCAUUACCGAGUGAAGUCGUUGACGAAGCUGGCCCCAGUCCUACCGGUCGCAACGAAAGGGCCGGCCAAAGUGGGGAUAAAUCGUCGAUCAAUGUGAAUCUGUCGAAAGCGUACCCCGGCUUGAUCUAUGGAUCACCGAGUCUUGAAGUGGCCGCACAAUACUUUGCAAACACUCGGAAGCCUUUCUAUCCGGCGGCGGAAUUCUCCGAGAGAGGUGUUAUCGAUGAGAGCACAGUUCAUAACAAAAGUAAUUUGAGUAGUGACGGUGAUAGUGCAGGACGAAGAAUAUAUCUAAGAAAUUUCAGUACUGACCUGGAUGUGCCUAAUCGGAGUAGUUUGGAUGUGCAUGACUCGGAUUCCAGGCAGUCCUACUUGAACAUAGAUCGGGACGAUGAUGACCAAAAUCUUGGUGACAGCAACGACGAAGGAUCAUACAGUGACGAUAUCAGCUUGUCACUGUCACCAGCCGGCUGCGGGAAGAAUGCUGAGUUAGAUGAAUCUGAUUCGGAGCCUUGUUCGGACGAAGAGAGAGGCCUAGGACACUCAGCGUCCACCGGCGGCAGUGGCACCAGCGGUACGAGCGAAAGCUGCUCAAAAUCACGUCGUAGACGAACUGCAUUCACCUCGGAGCAGUUGCUAGAAUUGGAACGGGAAUUUCAUGCCAAAAAGUAUCUUAGCCUUACGGAGCGAAGCCAGAUCGCUACUAGUUUAAAGUUGAGCGAAGUACAGGUGAAAAUCUGGUUCCAAAAUCGACGAGCCAAGUGGAAACGGGUUAAAGCUGGUCUCAAUUCGCACGGUUUAGCUAAUCGCGGGACCGGCGGCAACGCGACCAACUCGAAAAUAGUAGUUCCUAUACCGGUGCACGUGAACCGAUUUGCAAUAAGAUCCCAACAUCAGCAGAUGGAAAAGAUGAAUCUGGUUGGACCAAAAGCAGAACUACGGAAAGAUCUGGGCAUGGAGGCUAGUAGUUUCGAGCGGUUUGGUCUGAACAAGCAAGGACCAAAACCGACUGGCAGUUUCUGAGAUUAGGUGGUAAAUCCGUGGAUUAAGUGCAGGUGUGGAUGUUGCUGUGAUAGCGGCGAUUAGGGUACAUUAAUUUUAUCAUUUUUUAAACAACGAGAGCAAUUUUCUUAUUUCCGACGAUAGACGAUUGCGGGAUGUAAAUUAAGGCCAAUUAGGAUAAGUGAGCGAGGGUAGAUCCACAAAUCAAUGUAAUAUAUAAAAAGUCAGGGCAAUGAGGGAAGUGUACUUCAAAUAAUGUUAAGUUCGUGUUUGCCGAGUAGUUCACUACUACGUGCUUGUGUAAAUGUAUGAUUAUAAAUUUAAGACUCACUGUCAUAAUUUGUAUUAUUCGCCUUUCUGGAUUGCUGUAAGUGGAAAUGGUGAUUACACUCUAAUAAAG